AUGGCCACCAGUACAACUAGAGCACAAGACGUUAUCCUGUGUCACCUUUGUGACAGGAGACCCGCCCUUCUUCACUGUAAUCCCUGUCAGGUCAACUUAUGUGAAGAAUGCGUCGGAAAACACUAUAUGACGUCAUCGUCCUCCAAUCACGAAAUUGUCAAAUACCGAGAGAGAAAAUUCCAUCUUUCAUUUCCAAACUGCAAAGCUCAUAGUUGCGAAAAGUGUACUGUUAAGUGCCAGAACUGUGAUGUAGAAGUUUGCCUCAAAUGCCUCAGCGGAGCCCAUAAUGGGCAUAAAAUUAUUGAAAUCAAGGACAUUGUUGAUGAAAAGAAAAAGCUGGUGGAGAAAGACUCAGCUUAUCUAAAGGAAGAUAUCAUUCCAAAAUUUGAAAAAGCAGAUACAGAAUUAGAAUCGAAAAUUGCGGCUUUAAAUGCUAAAUGUGACGAAUUAGAACAGUCAGUCACAAAGCAUGGGCUAAAAUGGCAGCGAUGCAUUGAAGAAAUCGUAGCGAAAAACAAGAGAGAUAUUGCAGAAAUGAGAGGAAAUGGCAUAAAGAAAUUAAAAGAAUACCAAAAAGAAAUCAAAAAUAAUCUUGCAAGACUGAAUAAAAUUGCUCUGGAGAACAAAAAGAUUUCUCAGUCCAUGGACGUUAGUGACAUCACAAGAUAUGAAAGCCAUAUUCAGAAGUAUCUUAAUAUCUCCUUACAAAUAGAUCUGGAACUACCAGCUUUUGCUUCCAAGGACAUAGAUAAAGGUAAACUUUACCAAGAUUUUGGGAAAGUAAAGGAACCUAGAUCCAAACAGAACCGAUCAACAGAUUAG